AUGAGAGGCACUAUACACCCAUAUACUAAACGGUGGACACUUAUUUCUCAGAACAUUUGUAAUAUCAUGCAAAUGAAAGGCAUUCACUUCAGAAAAACUGAAUGGAGUUGCAUGUCUAUUAUGUCAGAUGGUAGACCUUCAUUUCUCAGAAGGUUGAUAAUUGGUACUGCAUGCUUAUAUACCAGAUAG